GAGGCAUAGUCGUGCGGCGGGAACAAAAGCAGAUGUCUGCCCCCCCACCUCUCCCUGACUCUGGAUAAAGGGAUGCAUUUGUGCUUCCCCCAGCAUUGCUGGAGAAGGGCCGGUCUGUGCUUUCUAGGGGGCUUGGCUCCAUGCAGCCUUGGAGAGCGCUGUAGCAAAAGAAAACCCGUGGAGGGGGAGCAGAGCUGCGGCAUCGCUAGAUCCACAUGGAAGGACACGACUUGCGGUCCAGGAUGCAUCGGCCAAUAAAGGAAGAACCCAGUUAUGGAACAGGCAGCCUUGAGAAUGCAACUCGGGACCCAAGCCAAGAGCAGCUGCAUGUGAAGCUCUGUAGUGGGUCCUGCCAUGCCGAGCAGAUCCUCCAGACGCUGAACUCCUAUCGGCAGAGUGGCAUCUUCACGGAUGUGGUGCUCGCAAUUGAUGGGCAGGAGUUCCCUUGCCACCGUGCCACCUUGUCGGCUAACAGCACCUAUUUUCGAGCCAUGUUUGGGGGCCAUCUCAAGGAAGGCCACCAAGACGUUGUUACCAUCCAGAAGAUCUCUGCCUCCAGCAUGAGCCUCCUCCUCGAUUACAUGUAUGGGGGAAAUAUCAUCCUCCAGGAAGACAAUGUUGAAGGCAUCUUGGAGCUCUCCGACUUGCUUCAGAUCUCUCAGCUCCGGGAUGCUUGCAUCCGCUUCCUCGAAGGCCAGCUUCACCCCUGCAACUGCUUAGGCAUGAUGAAGUUUGCUGACUCAUUUGCUAUUGCAUCCCUGGCGGAAAAGAGCAAGAGGUUCCUGCUGGAGUGUUUCGUGGAGGUGUCGUCCCACGAAGAGUUCCUGGGGCUGAGUGCAAAGGAGCUGGCUGGGUACCUGUCCGACGAGCAUCUGGUGGUCCCCAGGGAGGAGGUGGUCUUUGAGGCGGCCAUGCGAUGGGUACGGCAUGAUGCAGCUGCCAGGAAGGUGGCCCUGAAGGACCUGCUGGAGCACGUGCGCCUCCCUCUGCUGGACCCCACGUAUUUCCUGGAAAAGGUCGAGACGGAUGAACUCAUCCAGGACUCCAGAGAGUGCAUCCCUUUGCUACAUGAGGCGCGCAAGUACUACAUCCUUGGGAACGAGGUUGACUCCCUGCGAUCCAGGCCGAGGAGGUUCAUGGACUUAGCAGAGGUCAUUGUCGUUAUUGGGGGCUGUGACAAGAAAGGCCUCCUGAAGCUCCCUUUCACUGACAUGUACCACCCCAAGAGCAGGCAGUGGACGGCGCUGUCCAGUCUGCCCGGAUAUACCAAGUCGGAGUUUGCUGCCUGCGCCCUGAAGAAUGAUGUGUACAUAUCAGGAGGGCACAUCAACAGCAGUGAUGUCUGGGUGCUCAGCUCCCAGCUCAACGUGUGGAUCAAAGUCGCCUGCUUGCAGAAAGGCAGGUGGAGGCACAAAAUGGCAACUCUUCAGGGAAAGAUCUAUGCCGUCGGUGGGUUUGAUGGCUUUUACCGCCUCUCCAGUGUUGAAUGCUACGAUACUUUCUCCAAUCGUUGGUCAAUUUUGGCACCUUUGCCCCAAGCGGUGAGCUCAGCAGCCGUCGUCCCCUGUCUCAACAAGCUAUAUGUGCUCGGGGGUGCUGUGGAUGACAGUGUGAACUCAGACAAGGUCCAGUGUUACGAUCCUGAAGCAAACAAGUGGACGCUCCUGUCUCCCACCCCCUUCUCUCAGAGGUGUAUUAAUGCCGUGUCUUUGGACAACAGGAUUUACAUUGUGGGUGGGCUUCUGAGUAAAAUCUUCUGCUAUGACCCCAAGGAAGACACCUGGAGGGAAGUGGCCGCUCUCCCGGGACCUCUGGAGAGCUGUGGUGUGACGGUUUGCGGUGGCAAGAUCUACAUCCUGGGAGGCCGGGAUGAAAACGGGGAGGGCACCGACAAGGCCUUCACCUUUGACCCAGCCACGGGGCAAGUGGAGCAGCAGCCCCCGCUGCAGCGCUGCACCAGUUACCACGGCUGUGUGACCCUCCUCCAGCGUGUCAGCAGAUGAUCUCCGUCUGGAAGAUGAGCAGAGAUUCACUAUAGACCCCAGGUUCCCAUUGGGCUGCAGAGGGAAGGGCUCUGUUUUGCAGAUGCGUGCAUGUGUAACCCACUGGGUGGUAUGUGUUGUGUGUCCCCGCUCUGUGCACAGCUCACAGAAGAUGUGAAUCUCCCCUGACCCCAGUGCAGAACCUGGAUCUUUUCCUUCAAAUUGGAAAGAGGCAUGGGUUUAGCACUGGGACAUUAAUAGGGUCAUAGAAAAUGAAGGUGUGAAGGGACCUCAGGAGGUCACAUCUAGUCCAACCCCCUGCUCAGAGCAGGACCAGCCCCAACUAUAUCAUCCCAGCCAAGGCUUUGUCUAGCUGGGUAUUAAAAAACUCCAAGGAUGGAGAGUCCACCACCUCCCUGGGUAACCUGUUCCCCUCCUACCAAUGCAGCCCUGUAUGUAGUUAGUCUUCCUGGCAACAAGGGCACACUGUUGGCUCAUAUUCAACUUAUUAUCCACUGUAACCACUCCUCAUCUCAUCCAAGCUGUUGACCAAGAUAGUGGCCUUCUCACACACAUGGUGAGCAUGUCCCAUUAACCCUGGGGAUAUGCGCCUGGCUUUGGAAAGCAAGCAAAAUUUUCAGCAGGAUCCCUGACAAGGUCAACUGGUAAAAAAACCCAAAAUUUGAAUCUUCUGUCCUAACUCUGGCCAAACCUUCAGGCAAUCCCAAUCUAUGCCAGGCUACGUGCUCUGUACAUACAGUAGACUUAUUUCUGCACUCACACCCCAUAAAAACAUACGGCGCAGAAUUCAGGACCCAGAAGAGCUGGGGGAUUGCUGCCUCUUCCCAAAUGCCUUUUUUGUGGCUUGAUUGCCAGUGUAGUGGCCUGUUACUGAGAGAAGUAGGAAGUGUGCGGAUCUGGGACUUCUCCACUCCAGGCUGGUGCUCUACCAUCCAGGUGAAGAAGCCCAUGAUUUGUAUGUGCUCUCAUUUAAAAAAAGAAAAUAAACAUUGAAAAGCUUUUGGUUUCACAUCCUCUUCCUCCCCACCCCUUAGUGGGACGAAACCAAGCUUUGAAUGCAUCUAAAAUGACCACACAACAUUACCACCACCUUCAGGUCAGCUCUGCUAUUUGAUUCUCACACUUUCCCCACUGCCUUUUCCAAGUUCCUCAUUGUCCUUUCCACUUUGGUUCAGUGAACAUGAAUGCACAGAAAGGUAGAAUGAGCAUCAUUUAUACUGAGGGAAGGAGCCCACUUUUCACGUAUGGCCGGUAUUAUGUGUGUUGUGUGGUUGUCGAUGUGGAAACUGAGCCACAAAUGCUCAUGUCGUCCUCUUGUUCCCGGUCCUGAUGUUCAUCUGUGUGGUACAAUGUCACUUGCCUGUAUGCUGUAUGCUAAAUGCUGAGUUUUUUAAUAAUUUUUUUUAGAAAUAAAUGUUUGCAAUCACUUUAA